AUGGAGGAUCGGAAGUGGGCUGGUCCCAGACCUUUUCCAGGUCGCCGGAUAUUACCCCGCGAGCGCAGGGGUGCCAUCUGGGCUUAUCUCCUUGUUGGAACGUUGUGUAUUUUUGGGUGGACACUUUCAGCGCCGUGGCGUGAUUCGGUUCCUGUGUCGCCAUCAACAUCAACGUCCACUCCAUCCCCAUUCAGCUGGGAGGAUAUCUCGCCAUCUGAGUCGUUGGAGUACCAUGAUUGCGGCGAUGGAUUCCAAUGUACCCGGCUGGAGGUCCCGAUGGACUACAAUAGGACCGACUCUCGAGGGCGGAAAUUUGCUCUCGCAGUGGUUCGGAUCCCAGCCCAAGUACCCGUUGGAGACCCCCGUUACGGGGGAGCGGUGUUGAUAAACCCAGGUGGCCCUGGCGGCCCUGGAACUCUGCAGGCAUUUCUAUCGGGCCGUAAUCUGCAGACUAUUAUGGACUCGGAGAAUGACCCGAGCGCAGUGCCAGUUGAGGCGAGCGAUAAGUAUUUCGACAUUGUUGGAUUUGAUCCCAGAGGGGUGGGAGCUACAACGCCGGCCGUAACCUGUUUUCCCGACCCCAUCUCACAACGGAACUGGGAGUUGCAGGUUGAGGCAGAGGGGAUGCUGGGUAGCGGCCCGGAUGCCCUGCAGAGAAACUGGCAGCGCACCCAUGCACUGAACGCGGGAUGCUCGAUGUAUGAAAUGGCCGCUCAUGGCGUACAAGGCGAUGAAACCAUGAUGGAUUAUGUCAGUACAUCUCUCGUGGCCCGAGAUAUGAUCACCAUCAUCGAACGCCAUGGUGAAUGGCGCGAGCGACAAGGCAAAAAGGCCCAGGCGAUCUACGACCAGGUCAACGGUCCAGACGAGUCGCGUGCAAUUUUGCGACACACGCAAUGGCGGGUGGGCAAAGAGCCGCUCCUGUACUGGGGCCGGUCUUACGGGACUGUCUUGGGUACGACAUUUGCCGCACUUUUCCCGGAUCGAGUGGCGCGGGCAGUCCUCGACGGUGUGGUAAAUAUGGACAGAUACUAUGAAGGCCGGGGACCAAAUGUAGUCACCGAUGCUGACGCCAUAUUCGAGCGCUUUGGUGAGUAUUGCAAUCAGGUUGGUCCUGAGGGAUGUCCGUUCUACAUUGAUGGGGGCCCCGAAACAAUCAACAAUGCCUACUGGGCCCUUGAAAAUCAGUUACUGAACGCGUCGCUUCCGGUGAUGGCAUCUGCUACUCGCGGCCCAGAAGUUGUGACUUGGACAGACUUGAGGAACAUUCUCCGCGUGGCGGUCUACCAGCCCCUGCUAGCAUUCCACGUCCUGGCGGACCACAUCAGCGAGCUUGCAAAGGGAAAUCCGGCGACAAUGGCAGACUUCAAGCAUCGCAACCACUUUGGUGCUUGUCCAUCCAGCGAGUGCCGCAUUGCAGGGCCAUGGUCGUCCCAGUGUGUGGCCGGGCAAGACAACUAUCUGUACGCGAGUGCUGCUAUUCUUUGUACAGAUGCAGAGUACAUGACUACCGGGACUAUGGAGCAGUUUCAGGAAGUAUGGGCGGGUCUGAGGGCAGAUAGCAGGACUCUGGGGGAUUAUUGGGCGGAGAUUGAAUUGUCGUGUGUGGGAUGGAAGGCGAAGCCAAAGUACAAGUUCACAGGUCCCUGGGGUGGUGUUACAGCGCAUCCGAUGCUAUUUGUUUCGAAUACCCUGGACCCGGUGACCUCUUUACACGGCGCGAAACAUAUGUCCAAGCAAUUUCCCGGAUCUGCCCUACUCCAGCAAGAUUCAGAAGGGCACACCACCAUCGCUGCACCUUCCCUAUGCGUCGCAAAGGCUAUCAGGGAUUACUUCCAAUCUGGCUCACUACCUGCUGCAGGAACCCUCUGCGAGGCCGACCUAAAGCCGCUAAUCGGCCCACUAAACAAGGUCCAUCGUCAAGAUCUAGGCCACGCCGACGGGAAGCUCAUGGACGCCUUGAUGGCCGAGCUUGAGCAUGGUUUCUUCCCGCGCCUUCCGCUGUGA